AAGACCUAUCGCCAGCUUUACCUAGGCUUAGCUGGCGGUGCGAGUUAUAUCUUUCUGACCUUAAUCGUUCAGUUGAUGUUUUUUUUUUUUUUUACAAUAACUGGGACUAGACUUCAAAAAUACCCCAUUAUACAGUAUCAUUGUAUUUUCUAAAUUGUGUGUGCAUGUUUGACUAAGGCAAUAAAAAAAAGCAAAGCAAAAAAAUUAAAAAAAAGAAGCAAAACAUUUUCACCGACCAUGGAUGACAUCUUUCAUGAUUGUCGCAGUGAGAGUGACUGCGAUCGCGAGUGUGCCCAUAAGGCGGGCAUAUUGAAGGCCUGCCAAGGCGACUUUAAGCAGGAGGAGGUGCCCCAGCAGCGCAAGGCACCCAUGGAUAUGCGCAGCAUCAUAAGGCGCGCCGCACAAAAUACGCAAAUACUAUUGCGCGGCCUAGGCGUUCACUGCGAGUGCGCCGAGAUCGAGGAGCCGCCAUCUACAUGCAAGUUCUUUUAUCCCGCAACGCUCGAGAUAAGCGCGCGAGUGCACACGGACCCAUCAUGCGGCGUGCCCCCGCAUUGCCAGUGCAUACUGCGCGGCAGUCCGGUCACUCUCAGUCUCCCCAUGGAGCUGGAUCCCCACAGCGGACAGGUUAAGGUCAACAUAUUUAAGCCGGCACCCAAUACAUUGGCUCAUUCCUGCGAAUCCGUUGCUGUUGGACCUGCCGGGGGCGUGGGCGGGGGAGCGGGCACAGGCGCUGGUGAUAGGCGGGCCUGUGGCCAGCCUCAAAAUUGUAUGCGCCGGCAAUCGUAUCGUUACGGAACCGCUCGGAAAGCCGUGAGGAGAGUACGUUGGGAGGCAUAGGGAGCUCGCUAUUUGUCGUGAAACGCCGUCAAGUAGCAGCUGCCUAUGGUUGCCCACACCCAAUUAGAGCGGGCGCUGGGGCAUUCAGCUUGGGAAAGCGACGGAGAAAACAUGUGGAGUUGCUCACUAAAACUGAGGGAAGCGCUGUGUCUGUCAACCAUGAAAACGAGCAACGAUGUCAUAUGAUUGUCUGCAAACGAGUGACGUGAACAUGCGUGUGUCUUUACUUUCGAAUUUAUCAUCUGUGGAUGCUGAGUUUUGGUUAGUGCUAAUAUUUGAAGUGAUUUUGAUACAAUAAAAAUGAAUGAAAAGAAA